AACUUUAACGCUUAAUAUCUCGGUUCGCGGGGCAAAUAAGCGACACUUAUUUCUGCCAGAUUCUUUCGUUUUAUGCAAAAACGCAUCGAAUGAACCUAAUUUUAUCGAUAUCGGAGGUGGUGGGGUAUUCUGUGUAAUUACCUAAAUUAAAUUUAAUGUGUAAACUCUAAUUUUAUAUUAUAACUACAAAAAGGCAUCAUGCGGCAGUGCAGUGUGCGUCAUUGCAAAAUAAGAUCGAGUGGACCAUCAAAAGCCAAAAAUACAAAAUUUUUUUGGUUUCCAAAGAAUCAAACCUUAAAAAAAGCAUGGCUGCAAGCUAUCAAUCGAAGCGAAGAGGAAUUGAAUAUAAAUUGCGCAAAAGUAUGUCAACAUCAUUUUUCACCCGACUGCUUGGAGGAAAGGUGGACGAAGCUUCGAAAUAAAGAUACUAAAUCAAGAAAUAUUGUUCGAUUAAAGAUUGGUUCAAUUCCAACACUUUUGUUGGAUGUACAAAGUCCACAACAAAAUCAAAGAAAUGAAGUCAAAAGAUCUAGUCAUGAAACAAAAAAGUUGAACAAGAAAUGUUGGUAA